UUGGUUAUUUUUGUCGGUUUUCAGGUGCUUGCUGAUGAAGAUACGCGAGAAACGAUCGAUCUGAUGCAUCGCAUGACACGUACGGCAACAACACAUCCGGCACCGCCUCCGGUACAUGAUCCAUCGCUCGUUGUCACUGAUAUAACCCGUCCGGAGCGAACAGUGAAAGAGGAUGAGGAGGAGGAAGAGGAAGAAGUUAGGAGUAAUGUUUCGCCGGUGGAAAACAAGCCUGUGUCGUUGCUGAAGCAAAGCAAAUAUCCAGCCCUGAACCAAAUGCUUGGUAAUUGCUCUUAUGUGAAAUUAAGAUCAUCGCAUCAGGCACUGUUGCGAUGUCGAAUAGACGCAGUGGUAAAGCAAAUAACAAGUUUACGCGCCUCUGCUAUGAAUUGCUUUUAUGCUCGAAUUGAAGAACUGGGUAUCGAAGCAUCUACACCGAGCCUGUUGCUGGAGAAUGCCAAAGAAAUCGUCGCACAUCACAAAAAAAUCACUGCGGAAUGUGCAGCAUUAGAAAGUGAAAUCACCGCACUGGAGAUGUCGAAUCAGCAGCUGGAAUUAAAAGUGCGGCGUCGCGAUGAGUUGGAUUCCGCUAAAAGUGUUAAUAAUUCUGGUGCAUUGUCAGAUGCAAACAGUCAGCUGUUAAGCUCGCUUUGCGCUGCAAAUUCGCUUAUUUUAGCCGAAAACUUCCAAGCUUUGGCGGCGCACAACAAAAGCUUGCUAAAUCGAGUGGCUCAGCUUGUCGAAAAGAGCGAUACAGUUGGAACGGAAAGUGGCAACCUCGGAACGGCGACACAAGAUGGCCUUCUAUCUCCGCAGUCAGAGGAUAACACCGUUUUGGCUUUCUCGUCUGCACCAGGUGCAUUUGGACGGCGGACUCCCCCUCAAACCUCAACUGUUUCCCUUUCUGCAAGUAGCACACCGAUGAAACGCUCACGACAGCGACAAGUACGUGGUGGUGUUUUGAACAAGAAACCGCUUUCUGGAUCGAACAAACAGCCCACUGAUCCAAUCGAAGAUGAAGAAAUGGAGCGUAAAAUUCAAGAUAUUGUUGCCAAAGCGCUAGAGGUUGACAGUGCGGCAAAAUGCGCUGAGAAGGAACGACGCGCAAGAGGUGAGAAACGUAAAGAGAAGUGCACGUUAGCUGGUGUACGAUCAGCUACUGAUGUAGUGAUAUCCACCGACAAACCGGCGACAUUAUCGUCCGCUUCUCUGCCACCCUCAGUAUCAACGGAAGGCAGUGGCAUCGAAGCCGAGAUACGGAUUCCAUGUACAGUGUCCAGUGCACUGAUAUAA